GCGCUAGUCGGUCGACGAGGCGCGUCGACGAAAUUCCGAUCGACGCGGACGCGUUACAUUUAAGCUGUCUGCGGAUCCGGUGGCCACGGUAUCGUACGUAGUCGGAACGUGGUGUCCCCGGCGAACGAAAAUCAAUAUUCCUGUCGCGUCGUGAGACGGAGAGCAGAGCGGCCGGUCGCCAUUUGCCGUGCUAUUACUCGCGCUCUUCAAACAGUCCCGACUGUUCCCACCGUCGAGGAGCUCGCUCUCAUCGGCUCUCACGUCGACGGUGUCACGACGACGGUACCGCUGCCGCCGUCAUCCGGUCAUCACCGGUCAGUCGCGCCGCGUCGCUUCGCUCUGCGAUUCUCGUACUGGACACGCGCACGUCAUCGAGCAUCAUCGAGUGUAUCGCGAGAAGGAACGAAGCCUCAACGUCAACCAGUAACAGCGGCAGCAACGACAGGAUCCUAAUUUCCUGUACAUCGAGGAAAUUGACAAUUUCGCCUGGGUACCCUCGUCCGGCUCUCUUAUCGAGAUUUCCGACUCGAUCUCGAAAAGGUUCGAUUUAUUCCCAGCAUUGUCAUCGACGAUCCGUUCCGGAUCGUCCGUGCGAUUUGUCACGACUCGUCCUUUUCGCCCUCUCUCUUUUCUGUAUCCUCUCUUUCCCGUCUCGUAACGAUCUCUUGGUUUGACCUGAGGGAGAAACCAAGCCAGCCUCGGUAAGAAAGUGAUAUCCUGUUUCGGUGACGCGGAAGCCGCCAGCCGCGUCGCCGACGGUCUCUCUCGCUCGCCAAUAAUUCACUCUUUUCUUCUUCCCUCUCAUCGUCCCUUUCUCGUUCACCUUUCUUCGUUGCCGCACGCCGAAAACGAUGGCGUUUCUGAGGAGCGUACCGCGGCGAUGUUGCGCCGGUAAAAAGCUGGUCAAAUGCGGAGCUUCGCCGUUGGCUGUGAUCGGCCUCCUGGAGAACGCCGCGGUGACGACGGCGGCGGCGACGGUAGCUACAACGGCAGCGGUUACUAGGACACCACCGUCAUUGCGGUUGGUCGCACAGGUGCGUGGCUAUGUCACCUCCUCCUCUUCCUCCUCCUCCGCCGCCGCCGCCAAUGACGUCAAGAAGGAACGACAGCAGCAACAAUCGGCGGUGCCUCGGCAGAUCGACCCGCUCGAUUUGCAGUUUAACGACCCAAUCGCCGCUUUUAAAAGUAAGACGACUAUGGAGUUGAUGCGCGCCUAUUUUGUCUAUCAGAUGUGCAGCAUCGAAUACGUCGUGGAGAACAAUAUGAAGGUCAUGAAAAUGGUGAAGUCAAUAUUGGGUGAAAAGUUGUUCACAAAGCUCAUGAAAGCCACGUUUUACGGUCACUUUGUCGCUGGCGAAGAUGAGGUGCAGAUUACACCUGUCUUAGAUAGGCUGCGGCAAUUUGGCGUCAAACCAAUCCUUGAUUAUUCCGUCGAGGAAGACAUCUCGCAGGAGGAGGCCGAAAGGCGUGAAGUCCAAGCCUCGGUGUCGGAAGCAGGCGAUGAGAAGAGGGAGGGCCCGCUAAAGAAGUAUCACGUGGAGAAGUCGUUCGCCGAUCGACGAUACAAAGUGUCGUCGGCCAGGACAUAUUUUUACCUGAAUGAAGCUUCGUGCGAGCGAAACAUGGAUAUAUUUAUCAGGUGUCUGGAGGCUGUGGCGAGUGCUUCUAUGGGAAUAGGCAUCACAGCUGUCAAAUUAACAGCGCUUGGUCGGCCACAGCUUCUGCUGCAAUUGUCUGAGGUAAUUAUGCGUGCACGACAGUAUACAUCGGAUGUUAUCGGCGGAGAAGGUGCCGUUCUGGCUCAUCAUGCAAAGCCUGAUGAUUUUAAGAAAAAGUUCGAGGAAGCACGCAUCAAAGAUACAGAGGUGCAAAAGUUUCUUCAAAAAAUUCAAUCGGAUAAGGAAGGUGUGAUUCACCUCUUCCCGUGGAGCGGUAUUCUAGACGAAAAUUAUGAACUAAGCGAAACGUUCCAAGUACCUGAUAUUAAGACGGGCAAAAUGGUUAGGCUAAUGUCGCAACUCACGUCCAAGGAAGAAGAAAUGUUUAGGAACAUGAUCAGGCGUUUAAACAAUAUCGUCACAGUAGCUGAAAAUCUGGAUGUUCGUAUCAUGAUAGAUGCGGAGCAAACGUACUUCCAACCGGCCAUUUCUCGCCUGACAUUAGAAAUGAUGCGCAAAUACAAUGCGAAAAAGGCUGUGGUAUUCAACACUUACCAGACGUAUCUACAAGACGCGUAUAAUGAGGUGAAAACGGAUCUCGAACAGGCAGAACGCCAAAACUUUUAUUUCGGUGCUAAACUUGUACGCGGCGCGUACAUUGAACAGGAAAGGGCAAGAGCAGCAGCUAUGGGUUAUCCAGACCCCACUAAUCCAACGUUUGAGGCAACGACCGAGUCCUACCAUAAGACGCUCAUGGAGUGCUUGAGGCGAAUGAAACAGUAUAAGGAUAAGGGAGAAGAUCCCAAGAAAAUAGGUAUUAUGGUCGCCUCGCAUAACGAAGACACUGUGCGUUUCGCGAUCGAGAAGAUGAAAGAAAUCGGAAUUUCGCCAGAGGAUAAAGUCAUAUGUUUUGGUCAAUUAUUAGGAAUGUGCGAUUACAUAACAUUUCCAUUAGGUCAAUCCGGUUACUCUGCAUACAAGUACAUCCCAUACGGACCGGUUAAAGAGGUAUUGCCAUACUUGUCGCGACGCGCACAAGAGAACAGGGGUAUACUGAAGAAGAUCAAAAAGGAGAAACGCUUGCUACUAAAUGAAAUCACGAGACGUAUAGUGCGCGGCAAGUUCUUUUACAAACCCAAGGGCAAUUAUACUCCAGUUUGAGCAGUCGAUCCGUUUAGUUGCACACAAACAAAAUUUUAAGUAUCAAAUUUAAGUAGUGGUUGUAAAUUAUCGAGGACUCUCCUGAAAGAGCUUGAGGCGAGCUCUUUUGAUUGAAGUAACUUGACGGGCCUGUUACUGUGGUAUUCGGAAGAAAGAGAGAGAAGAAGAGAGCGAGGGGGGAGGGGGGCGUCGUGAGUGUACGCAUCCACGUGCAUGAGUGUGAAUGCAAGACUUGAGAAUAUACGCAGUGUUAUCUGUUACGUAAAAAUCGCCUUAGUGUUGUAUUGUCGAAUGUACUGAUGCUCAAAAUUGCUUGUGAGUAAAGCUAUAGUAUGCAUUCGUUACUCGUUUUUUCAUCGUUAUUAAACAGGAUGCCAGUGAUAGUGCUAUAAUUUUCACUAACGAGAAAAUGUUUUCAAAAAGAUUGAGCAAAGAGAAUCCAAAACUAAUCAACUCUUUCCAAAAAAUAGUUUUAGUAUAUAAAAUAACGAUGAUUUCUUUAACGAUAGUUUGUAUAUUUUCUGUGCACAGUAUUAAGAAAUCAACCUUAUCAGUGGCUUUUUCGCAACAAUGAUGACGAUUGGAAGAAACCUUAUCUUGGUUUUUUAGCAUAUUUGUGUUUCCCAAGUUUUACAAUUUUUUUGAGAAUCUCAUCGAAUAUUUUUCAUGUGUAUAUAAUACACGCGCGUA